AUGGCCCAGCAAAAUCUGCGAUCUGCUCUGGCGUAUUGUGUGAACCAAGUCAGAUCCUUUGACUACACAAACUACGUCUGGACCAUUCAGAUGCCAAAGGAGCUGCGAGCGCCGCUGAUAGCGCUGCGAGCCUUCAAUGUGGAGCUGACGCAGAUCCCUGACAACGUGAAGCAGGAGCAGCUGAUGCAGAUUCGCAUGCAGUGGUGGCGGGACGCCGUCAAGAGCGCCUACACAGACAAGCCGCAGCCCAAUCCAGUCAUCCAGGCCCUGCACGCGGCGGUGGCGUCGGUGCCGCGGACGCAGUCGCACCUGUUGCGCAUGGUGAGCACCCUGGAGGCGGACUACAUGCGCGCGCAGCCGCCCCAAUCACUGGAGCAGCUGGAGCAGUAUGCAGAGGGCAGCUCCUCCCAGCUGCUCUACCUCCAGGGCAGGGUUGCAGGGGUGGAUGAUGAGCACUUUGACCACGCCGCCUCCCACCUCGGCAAAGCUGUGGGGAUCGCCAACCUUUUGCGGGGGACCGCCUACCAUGCUGCCAGGAGGCGGUGCUACCUGCCGAGCGACCUGUGCAUGAGUGAGGGAGUCUCAGAUGAAGAUGUGCUGCGGGGCCAGAACACCGACAAUGUCUCCAACGUUGUUUUCCAAGUAGCCACCCAGGCCAAGGGCCAUUUGGACGAGGCAAGGGCGCUUAGCAAGCAGUUACCGGCAGAGGCAAAGCCGCUAAUGCUGCCAGCUGCGGCAGUGGAUUUGUAUCUGAAGGCCCUGGAGAAGCACGAGUUCAAUGCCUUUGCGCCGCAGCUGCAGUCCGGCGGGUUCACACCCCUCUGGCACCAGCUUCUGGUCAAGUACAACCUGAUGCUUGGCAGAUUUUGA